AUGAAGUUCUCCCUCGCAUCCACCCUUGUGGUGGCUCUCGCCGCCCAGGGCACCAUUGCGAGCAGCUGGUUCGGCAAACCUGUGUACAACAAGUGGCAUGAAACCGAGCUGGAGCGCUGGCUCUCGGACCACAACAUUCCCUAUCCCGCGGCCUCGGACCGGAAAGAUCUCGAGAACCUUGUGAAGAACAACUGGAACGACAAGGUCGUUACACCCUACAACAGCUGGGACACGCAGACGCUCCAGAAUUACCUCACGGUCAAGGGCCAGCAGGCCAAGAAGGGCACCGAGAAGAACAAGGAUUCGCUGGCCCAGCAGGUCAAGGACUACUGGACCGAGACCGAGGAGUCGGCGAACCAGGCCUACGGUAAUGUCCGGGAUUGGAUCUUUGACUCUUGGACCGACUCCCAACUAAAGGCCUUCGCUGACAAGCAUGGAAUUCCCGUUCCUCAGCCCCGUGAGCGCGACUCCCUCCUCCGAGCUGUCCGAGAGAACUACCAGUCGGUCGCCAACAAGAUCUCGGAGAAUGCCCAGUAUCCCGGUGACUGGCUCUACGAGUCCUGGUCCGACUCGGAUCUGAAAUCCUGGUUCGACGAGCGCGGCUUCCCCGUUCCUCAGCCUACCACGCGUGACAAGCUCAUCGCUAAUGUCCGCCGUAACUCUCGCCUCGCUAGCUUGAACAUGCAGAGUGCCUAUGCCUCUGCGUCUUCCUCUGCCGCAGCUGCCCAGCAAAGCCUCAGCGACGCACUUCUCGACUCGUGGUCCGACAGCCAGAUCAAGGAGUGGGCCGACAAGAACGGCAUCAAGGUUCCCCAGGGCUCUAAGCGCAACGAGCUUCUUGCCCUCGCCCGCAAGCACCGUGCCCGCCUUUAUGGCGAUAGCGCGUCGGCCACCGCUGCCAGCGCCUAUGGUGCUGCUACGUCCAAGGCCGGAAACAAUUACGCUCAGGCGACCAACGGCUUUGCGGGUUACACGAAUUGGUUCAAGGCCCAGCUCGGAAUGGCAACUGGCUGCGAGGCUAGCUUCAGCAGCGCUACUGGGUCCGCCUCCAAGAGCGCCGCCAGUGCGUCUUCUUCCCUCUCUAAGUCUGCCGCUAGCGCGUCUGCUGCCGCUUCGAAAUCCGCCCAGAAGGGCUACGAUGCCGCUGCUUCUAGCGCGAAGUCUGCUACCGACCGCGUCAAGGAGGAGUUGUAG